GGGGAAGGAGCAGGCUCCGGCGUGCCCGAGUGCAGGGAGCAUCUCUUCAAGGUGCUGGUGAUCGGGGAGCUGGGCGUGGGUAAAACCAGCAUUAUCAAGCGCUACGUGCACCAGCUCUUCUCCCAGCACUACCGGGCCACUAUCGGGGUGGAUUUUGCGCUCAAAGUCAUCAACUGGGACAGCAAGACCCUGGUGCGGCUGCAGCUCUGGGAUAUAGCAGGCCAGGAGCGCUUUGGAAAUAUGACCAGAGUAUACUACAAAGAGGCAGUUGGUGCUUUUGUGGUCUUUGAUGUCACAAGAGGGUCUACUUUUGAGGCUGUUUUAAAAUGGAAGCAUGAUUUGGACAGUAAAGUACUCCUGCCCAAUGGCAGCCCCAUCCCUGUUGUUCUUCUUGCAAACAAGUGUGACCAGAAGAAAGACGGCAGCCAGAAUCCCUCUCAAAUGGACCAGUUCUGCAGAGAAGGUGGCUUUGUUGGAUGGUUUGAAACAUCUGCAAAGGACAACAUCAACAUAGAUGAAGCUGCUCGAUUCUUGGUGGAAAACAUCCUUGCCAACUACAAAACCUUUCCUAAUGAAGAGAAUGAUGUGGGGAAACCAAAACUGGACCUAGACCCAUUGAAAGCAGAGAGUAAAUCGCAGUGCUGCUAAUGCUACCACUGUUGAGUAAAUGUGAUGGGACAAGCAGCAAGACUGUUCCUUAAAUCAAACUGCUGCUAUGGUGCUGCAUUGUGACAAUUCAUUUGGGGUGCCUGGUAUUAUCUAAAUAGGUGAUUCUUGUGGGUGUUUACAUAUUCUUGUUUUGCAUGAAACUGAGUAUCUUGGAAGUUAUCACUCCACUUGCUUGAGUGGCUAAAUAUAAGUCUUAUUAGUUUCUUCUUACCUGAGAAAAUAAGGUAGUGUUUACACUCCUAAAAAGGAACAAAAACAACAUUCUGUGUCUAGUUUGCUUCUAGGAUUUAUGCUACAUUCCAUAGGACUCACUUGUCAUGGUUUUAGCUGAAUAGAUACUGGCACCUUU